UCCUGACUCGGUCUGGCUGGCUGCCCUCAAAGACAACGGCAAUACCAUCAUUUUAUUUAUUUUCUUCUUAAUGCUCAUCCAUUUUUUUUUCUUACAAAAAGAUACCAAAUUCUUUGACUGUCUGUCUACUUUUAUUUUAUGAUGAAUUUUGCAGAAGUUUCAUUUUGUUUCCUUUAAAGUCAAGCAAGAAUCUUCACUAAUAAAAAAGAAAAAGGCAGUAAAGUAAACAAUCCCAUAAAACCUUCAUCUUUAAGCCCGUUUUAAUUUAUUCUUUUACUCUGCAAUUCUCAAACAUGUCGGGUAGAUUAAGGGAUAGAAGUUCCAGCCAAGCCAAACGACACAGCCAUCAUCAAACGAGGACCACGGUGGCGGCGGCGGCGGCAAUGCCUAAUUUCUUGACCGAGACGCUGCCGUGUCCUUUCGGGGAGUUGGCGACGAAUUUGUCGGAUUCGGCGCUCCGUGAGACGGCUUAUGAGAUUCUGGUUGGAGCUUGUCGGAGUACCGGUGGGAAGCCUUUGACUUACAUAUCGCAGUCGGAGAGGAACUCGGAAAGGACGGCAACACCGACUCUGACGUCUACAGCGUCGUUGCAAAGGUCGUUGACAUCGACGGCGGCGAGUAAGGUGAAGAAGGCUUUGGGAUUGAGAUCGUCUGGGAGAAAGAAAGUGAGUGGUGAGUCGGACUCGGAACGAGUCAAAAAGGCGGUUACAAUUGGAGAGAUGUUGAGGGUUCAGAUGGGAAUUUCAGAGCAAACGGAUUCCAGGGUUAGAAGAGCUCUUUUGAGAGUUGCCGCUGCUCAGCUUGGAAGACGGAUAGAGUCAGUAGUGUUGCCACUUGAGAUGUUGCAGCAACUCAAGCCUUCGGAUUUUCCGAAUCAAGGAGAAUAUGAAGCUUGGCAAAGGAGAAAUCUGAAGCUUCUUGAAGCUGGAUUACUAUUGCAUCCUCUCUUGCCACUGGACAAGACCGACACUGCUCCACAGCGACUACGACAGAUCAUUCGUGGAGCCCUCGAGAAGCCCUUGGAGACUGGAAAAAACAAUGAAUCGAUGCAAGCACUCCGGAGCAUUGUUUUAUCUCUUGCUUGUAGAACCUUUGAUGGGUCUGCUUCUGAGACUAUCCACUGGGCAGAUGGAUUCCCAUUGAAUCUCAGAAUUUACCAAAUGCUGUUAGAAGCUUGUUUUGAUGUUAAUGAUGAAACAUCGGUUAUUGAAGAAGUUGAUGAGGUUCUUGAACUCAUAAAAAAGACUUGGGUAGUCCUUGGAAUGAAUCAGAUGCUGCAUAAUCUUUGUUUCUUGUGGAUAUUGUUUAACCGUUAUGUGGCUACUGGUGAAGUGGAAGGGGAUCUAUUGUUUGCUGCCAAUAAUCUGUUGAUGGAAGUUGAAAAGGAUUCAAAGUCCAUGAAAGAUCCCAAUUACUCCAAGAUAUUGAGUUCUACUUUGAGUGCAAUCUUAGGUUGGGCUGAGAAAAGGCUUCUUGCCUACCACAAUUAUUUUCAUAGUGAUAACACUGAGUUAUUGGAAUGUGUUGUUUCUGUGGGAGUUCUAUCAGCAAAGAUAAUGGUAGAAGAUAUCUCGCAUGAGUACCGUAAAAAAAGAAAGGAAUUUGAUGUGGCUCAUGAGAGAGUUGAUACGUACAUACGAUCAUCACUGCGCACUGCUUUUUUUCAGAUAAUGGAGAAGGUGAAGUCUAGCAAACGCUCAUCUAAUAAGAACCAGCAAAAUCAGCUUCCUUUCCUUUCCAUCCUUGCACAAGAUGUCAGUACACUGGCUUUCAGUGAGAAGGCAAUUUUUAGUCCAAUAUUAAAGAGGUGGCAUCCUCUUUCGGCCGGUGUGGCUGUAGCAACUCUUCAUUCCUGCUAUGGGAAUGAGCUGAAGCAAUUUGUUUCCAGCAUUGGUGAAUUGACACCGGAUAUAUUACAAGUGCUAAGAGCUGCAGAAAAAUUGGAGAAAGAUCUUGUGCAGAUCGCGGUUGAAAACUCAGUGGACAGUGAGGAUGGCGGAAAGUCAAUCAUAAGGGAGAUGCCUCCUUAUGAGGCUGAAUCUGUAGUCUCCAAUCUGGUGAAAUCAUGGAUAAAGACUAGAUUAGACAGACUGAAGGAAUGGGUUGACAGGAAUCUACAACAAGAGGUAUGGGAUCCGCGAGCGAAUAAAGAACGAUUUGCUCCCUCUUCUGUUGAAGUUUUGCGAAUUGUAGAUGAAGCUUUGGAAGCAUUCUUUUUGUUACCAAUAUCUAUACAUGCAGCAUUGCUUCCUGAUUUAACCAAUGGUAUCGAUAGAUGUCUUCAACAUUAUAUAUCAAAGGCAAAGUCUGGCUGUGGGACCCGGAGUACUUUUGUUCCCUCAAUGCCUGCUUUGACUCGAUGUUCAUCACGGUCAAAAGUUUCGGGUGUAUUUAAGAAAAAGGAGAAGUUUCAAAAGGAACAGAGCAGGAAAUCUCAGGUUGCGACCACAAAUGGUAAUGGCUCGUUCGGGAUUCCCCAGCUAUACUGUCGCAUUAAUACUCUUCAGCAUAUUCGAACGGAGUUGGAUGUCUUGGCAAAACGGACAAUUGUGCAUCUUAGAAGUUCUGAAUCUCAUAACAACAAUAUUGCCAAUGGGACGGGGAAAGCAUUCGAACUUUCAGCUGCUGCUUGUUUGGAAGGGAUACAACAACUGUGUGAGGCAACUGCAUAUAAGGUCAUCUUCCAGGAUCUAAGUCAUGUCCUCUGGGAUGGGCUGUAUGUUGGGGAAGUUUCAUCAUCUAGAAUUGAGCCUUUUCUUCAGGAGCUCGAGCACUAUUUGGAGGUACUUUCAUUAACUGUGCAUGACAGAGUCAGAACACGAGUUAUUACUGAAGUAAUGAAAGCUUCUUUCGAUGGUUUCCUUCUGGUUUUACUUGCUGGAGGUCCUGCUCGUGCUUUCUCCCUGCAAGAUUAUGAAACAAUAGCAGAAGAUUUUAAGUUCUUGACGGAUUUAUUUUGGUCCAAUGGUGAUGGACUUCCGGCUGAUUUGAUCCAAAAGUUUUCAAUAACAGUUAAAGCCAUCCUCCCUUUAUUUCAUACUGAAACUGACAGCCUGAUUGAGCAAUUCAAAUACAUGACUGCAGAGAGUUACGGUUCUUCUGCUAAAUCCAAGCUUCCAUUGCCACCAACAUCCGGUCAGUGGAGUCCCACGGAACCAAACACACUCUUGCGAGUUUUGUGUUACCGGAGUGAUGAGACAGCGGCUAAGUUCCUUAAGAAGACAUACAACUUGCCCAAGAAACUCUAACAAUUUCAUUUGUUCUGGUGAAAACAGUCAAAUGAUGCAAUUCUUAGGUAUUAUAAAAGGGUUGAGGCGAUUCUUGUUGCUUCCCAAGUUUGACAUUAUGGGGAUGUUUGUCGGCUGGCUUUUAUUUGUUUUGAGGAGGGAAACCUCGUAAGAAUAGAAGCAACAGUGGAAGCACUUCCAAGCAUUAUAAUUACAACGUUAAGGAAGGGUGAGGAUGCUGGAUGAAACAUUACACUACAACCGAAACUUUAGGAUGAAAGGUUUGAUAAUUUAUUUAGAAAAAAAGAAAGAGAGAAAAAAGGUAAGGUUUUUAAUUCUGCUUCAAUGUAUUGGAAUUUGUAUUUUAUUUUUUUGUUGGGUGAUUUCCUUAACAGCUUGUGUAUGGAAAUUGUGUUGCUUGAUGAAUGAAAUGAGUUUUUUUUUCCAAUUA